AGCAAACAAGGAGAGGGGAACAAGGCCUUCCCCAAUUCCCCUGAUAACGGCAACGAGCCUCUCUCUAGCUGUGUUGUUAUAACCCACAACCAGGAGCUCUUCCGGCAAGGAAGGAUGGAGACAGGCAGGAGGAAGUAUUAAUCAGAGGCAACAUAAACAUUUCGGAGGGCAGGGUCCCCGCCCAGCAGAACCAAAGGCGAACCCGUGAGGCUGACCAAGGCAGUUUUGGAGACGAUGGAGAACGGCCCGUACGCCAUGGCCAAGCUGGCCCUGGAGGCGAAGGAAAACCCAAACAAGCGGGACUGCGGCUUCUACGUGAAGUACUUCUUCCUCUUCCUCUCGCUCAUCCAGUUCCUGAUCAUUCUGGGCCUGGUGCUCUUCAUGGUCUACGGCAACAACCAGGAGAGCACCGAGAGGCACCUGCAGGGGCUGACAGGCCGGCUGUCGGAGUGCAACGCCAAGGCCAAAGCCCUCGGCGAGCAGAUCAGCAGCCUGCAGCGCAGCCUCAACGCCAGCCGGCUGGAGACCCGGCAGAACCGGGACCUGGCCGCCCGCCACAACAACAGCCUGAAGAACUGCAACAAUGAGAAGACAAAGGUGCAGGAACUCCGCAGACAAGACACAAUGGUCCAGCAGGUGGCCCGUGAGUGCACUUUCAACUUGCAUUUUUUGAAUAUUACAUAUGCAGCUAAACUGGAAGCUCUGCAAGCAAAGCUGGCGGCUCUGCAGCUGCAGACCCAAAGUUCGCAGGAGAGCUUAUCCCGGGAGAACAAGGACUUGCAAGAGAGAGCCAAGAGGGCCGAGAAGGAGAAAGCCACCUGCGAGAUCGAGAAACUCGAAGUACAAACCCGGGUGCAGAAGUACCGGGAGCUGGAAAGCAAAGUUCUGGCCAAGCUGGACCCCGUCCGCGAGAACCUGAGGUCCGCCACGGAGCAGUUCCUGUCCAGCAAGUACGAUGACUGUUACCAGGUCAGCACCGCCAGGCAGGACUUCCGCUCCCUCUCCAACACCGUGCAAGACCAGCUUGAGUCGCUGUCGCGUCAGAUCAACCAGAGAGUCAGUGACGUGACCCAGGAGAAUGCCAUGCUGCACAGCCAGAAGGCCAGCUGUGCCCACAGUCUCCAGGAGCAGGAGAGGGAACUCAGCGCCCAAAACCAGCAGGCCGAGCGGGAAAAGCAACUCCUCCGGGAGGCCCACGAAGUGGAGACCAAGAAACUUUACGCCGAGCGGCAGAAGACGGUCGAGGAGAAGGAGGCCCUGCAGCUGCAGACGGAACAAAUCAAGCAGGCCUGCCUGACGCUCAACCCUGCACCUCCUGUGAGAUUUCCAAUGAUCCCAGGAUCGUCUGGUGGCAGAUUGGGAUCCGUCGGUCAACCGAAUUCCGGCUCCCAGGGAUAUCCGAGCACCGCUGACCGAUUCAGAUCACAAGAGAACAGGAGAACUGCCCUGGAGAACACCAAGCUGCCGAUCCAGCCACCAGUGAUCUCCGCAGGACAGCCCAGCGCUUAAAGGGAACGGCAUCCGAAUAUCCCCUGGGAGCGGGACUGGAUCGUUGAGCAGGAGCCAUUGGGGGAAGAACCCCAGAACUGGGAAACGUCCUCGCCUGGAGAUGCAUUUCAAGUGGGCCAGUCAGAAGAGGAGGAGAUGAAGCGACAGCCUUGAAUGUCAACAUCCAACUGUCCUCUUGUCUGGCAGAGAUGAACCCCCAACGCAGCACUAUCUAUGCACAGCUUAACUUCUACCAAAACAUUGCUUCUUGAUAUCAAAACCCUGAUGCCCAACUGAAGGCAUCUUUUUCCACACACACAGAGGGUUGGGAGAGAAACUCAAUUCAGUUAGCGUUUAAAGGCAAAUCUCCCUAAUCUGCACUUUCCAAAACAAUUCAUGAACCAAAACCCAGCCGUCCUUUGAAAUCGCCCUUCUCUGAAUUUUGCAAUGCAUUUCUCCGGCAAAGGAAGGUGCAAAAAAUUGCAUUUGCUACAUCAAAAUGACAACAUAUAGUGGCGACGGUAACACACAAAGUUGCCUUAGAGUAGGAGAAAUGGCUUGCAGAAAUUACACUGCAGUUUUUGUAUAGUAGGGAAAUUCUCACUAAGAUGCUGAUGAUUUUUAAUGGGGACUUUAUAUAUAUAUAUAUAUAUAUAUAUAUAUAUAUAUAUAUAUAUAUAUAUAUAUAUAUAUAUAUUCAUUAACUGAUGUGAAAAUGCAGAGAACUGAACUCACAAUUGGAAAAAUUUCACACUCCCACACCCCAAAGAGGCACAAAGAGUGACCCAGGCGAGUCAGCGUCUCCAGACUUAGCUACCUUGCAGGGUUGUUGCAGGGAUAAAGCAGGAUCUAUAACCCAUCUCCUGAAUUCCUUCACGAGACACAAAUGUGAUCUAUGAAUGCUUCCAAGGAUGGCAUUUUUAAAAAACAAAUGCCAGAUUAAAACUGUAAAUUCACCCUUCAGGCAGAGUUUCGUUGACAGAAGAGAAAAGAACCCUUUGUUGCUCCUGCAUGUUUGUAUGAGACAGGAUAGCAUAUUUAUGUAUAAAUUUUGAUAUCAUGUACACAUUUAUGUAUAUCUCAGGAAAAGAAGGUAUUUAGGUUUUUCAUAAUAGAUCUUGCUGGCAAUGGCCAUCAUGGCAGUCUACCUCUGAUUGCAUGUUGCUGAGCAAACAUCUGCCAAGGCCAGAAUGCACCUUGUGUCCUCCAGAUGUUGUUGGAUGCCAACUCUCAGCAGCCCCUGCUGCCAUGCCAGUAUGGUCAGCGUUGGUGCAAGUUGGCGUCCUGCAACAUCUGGAGAGCAACAGGUCUCCAUCCGUGGUGGAGACAACCCACCAAUAUCAGGGGUUCAGUUUUCAUAUUCUGAUUCUGAGUUUCCAGAGAUAAUUGGCUGACACACUGUGGAGAACAAAAGACUGGACUAUGUGGACCCAGCAACACACAUCCUCACUGUCACAACAAUGCUUCCAUAGGUGGGAAAUGGUUAAGUUACUUGCAGAAAUAAAAGUCUAUUCAAGAUCUUCAGAGCAAAGGUGCAUGUUGUGGAAAUAAAGCUGUUUUCAAACCCA